AUGGGUGGCGAUCUUAACCUCAAGAAAUCAUGGCACCCUUCGCUCAUGAGCAAUCAGAAGAGGGUAUGGGAGGAGGAAAAGAAGGCUCUAGAGGAGCGCAAAAAGAUCGAGCAGAUUAUGAAGGAGCGAGCAGAGGAAAGACAAAUCCAAGAGAUUCAGGAACUACAAGAGGCAGCUGGCGGGAAAAAGCGACAGGCUCGUGUCGACUGGAUGUAUUCCGGUCCCUCGGAUGGGCAGGCCGGCACCACCGAGGAGAUGGAGGGGUAUCUCCUGGGAAAGAGGCGGAUUGAUGGACUAUUGAAAGGCAACGAGAGCCAGAAAUUGGAAAAGGCGGCCACGCAGGAUUCCUUCAUGGCUGUGCAAAAUGCGAAUACUGCAAGGGAUACGGCGUCCAAGAUCAGAGAGGAUCCGCUGCUUGCAAUCAAGAGGCAGGAGCAAGCGGCUUACGAGGCUAUGAUGAACGAUCCCGUUAAAAGAAGAAUGUUGCUUAAGGCCGCAGGAAAGGAGGAUGGCGAAGCUGACCGUGAGCGAGAACGAAAACGGAGGAAGCACCAUCACCAUCGGCAUCAUCAUCACCGACACCGCGAUGAUGAUCGUGAUCGCGACGGCGACCGGGACAGACGUGAAAGGUCUUAUUCUCACCGGAGAGAAGACGACGAAGAUCGCUCUGCACGGAGCCGGCACCGGAGGCGGAGAUCAUAUACACCGUCCCAAUCGCGUUCCCCAUCACGAGCUCGGUCGCCUCGUCGUCGUGCUGAAAAAUCUAGAUCACGGUCACCUUACCGCCGUCGACGAUCCUACACGCCGGACGAUAGACGCAGGCCACGGUCGCGAUCUCCGUCGCUGACACGAUCGCCUCCUCGGCGAAACGGUCACAGCGAUCGAGCCGGCAAAAUUCAAACUCGACCUUCGCCAAGGCCAGUACGUCCUCGGUCUCCGGGUGACCGUCGCGACACAAAGAAUUCAGACAUAGAUGCGGCCGAAAGAGCGGCGAAGCUGGCGGCUAUGCAACAGGACGCGUCGGAGCUCGAUCGGCAACGAGAACAGAGACUGGCGGAAAUAGCUGAACGAGAGCGGGCUGAGAGAGAGCGCGAUGAAGCGAUUCGGGCGCGGAAUGCUAAAUAUGGUGGCCGUGCCGAUUUCGUCAACAGCUUCCACAAGAAAGCGGGUGAUAUGAGUUUAAGCCAGCGUAUGGGCAGGAAUGGUGUUUCACAGAGGGAAGAUGAGGAAUGA